CUGCUGAGCUCGACUGUCAGUGAGCCGGCGGAGUGUAAGUGCGAGACGUGCACCAUGGGGUUGCUGAGCGUGGCUGGCUGGGCGCUGCGGAACGGGGCGAGAGCGCUUGAUACCGCCGUGAGGCCCUGGCGCACAUCAAGGGCAUUGAGCUGCUUGACCGCUGCUGUACAUCGUUUUCCUCAAACUCAAAGUGAUAUUAUCAUUAUGCACCAUUUGGCUUGUCGCCAAACUGUGUAUCCGUCCCCUGCGCUGUUUUGCCUCAGAAAAGCUCCGAAAGGUUUUGGCAAGUUCUACUCAAAGGAUGGGAAUGCACCUGGAGGCGAACGGCCUGCUGGGGGAGGCCAAGUAGAGGUGAACUCUAAGGACUCUCAUCCUGGUGGAGAGGAGAAGAAAAGCAGGAGGAAGGGCUCCAAUUUGUGGACACGCCUACAGAAGGGGGACUUCCCCUGGGAUGAGAGGGACUUACAGUACCUGGCCAUUGCUUUGGCAGGAAUGGUGUCUGCAUUCCUGUACUUCUAUUUCCGGGAAGUAGGCAAGGAAAUUACCUGGAAGGAUUUUGUGCAAUUCUACCUGACCAGGGGACUGGUGGACCGCCUGGAGGUGGUGAACAAGCAGUAUGUCAGAGUCAUUCCGGCACCAGGGGUGAACACCUCUAAUGUGAACUAUGUGUGGUUCAGCAUCGGUAGUGUGGACAUGUUUGAGCGCAACCUGGAGGCAGCCCAUCAGGAGCUAGGUGUAGAGCCAGCCCACAGAGUGUCAGUGAUCUACAGGUCUGAGAGUGAUGGGUCUUUUUUGAGGAGCAUGAUUCCCACCUUUCUGCUGAUUGGGUUCCUCCUCUUCUCCCUGCGCCAGGGACCUAUGAUGGGAGGUGCAGGUGGUGGCAGUCGAGGAGGGCUCUUCAGCAUGGGAGCGUCUAAGGCCAAGAUGUUAAAGGACAACAUCAAUGUCAAGUUCAAAGAUGUGGCUGGUUGUGAAGAGGCCAAACUGGAGAUCAUGGAGUUUGUCAAUUUUCUAAAGAAUCCCAAACAGUACCAAGAUCUUGGGGCCAAAAUACCCAAGGGAGCUGUGCUCUCUGGGCCCCCGGGAACAGGCAAGACUCUUUUGGCAAAGGCAACUGCUGGAGAAGCGGGAGUCCCUUUCAUCACUGUCAAUGGGUCCGAGUUCCUUGAGAUGUUUGUCGGUGUGGGGCCUGCUAGGGUGAGGGAUAUGUUUGCCAUGGCGCGGAAGAACGCUCCCUGUAUCCUUUUCAUUGAUGAGAUUGAUGCAGUGGGCAAAAAGAGGGGCCAGGGCAAUUUUGGUGGCCAGAACGAGCAGGAAAAUACACUGAACCAGCUAUUGGUGGAGAUGGAUGGUUUCAACACGAGCACUAAUGUAGUUGUGCUGGCUGGGACCAACCGACCUGAUAUACUGGAUCCAGCCCUCAUGAGGCCUGGCAGAUUUGACCGGCAGAUCUACAUAGGUCCACCUGACAUCAAGGGCAGGGCUUCCAUCUUCAAAGUUCACCUGCGUACACUGGUGCUGGACAGCACUAUGGACAAGGAUGCUUUGGCCAGGAAAAUGGCGGCCCUCACACCAGGCUUCACUGGAGCUGAUAUUGCUAAUGUGUGCAACGAGGCAGCCCUCAUUGCUGCCAGGGAUCUUAAUACGUCGGUUGACGUAAAGCACUUUGAGCAGGCCAUUGAGCGGGUUAUUGGAGGUCUGGAGAAGAAAACUCAGGUCCUACAGCCCACUGAGAAGAAGACAGUGGCAUACCACGAGGCUGGUCAUGCUGUCGUGGGCUGGUUCCUGAAGCAUGCUGAUCCCUUACUGAAGGUGUCCAUCAUCCCCCGUGGGAAGGGCCUUGGCUAUGCACAGUAUCUGCCCAAGGAGCAGUACCUGUACACGCGAGAGCAGCUGUUCGACCGCAUGUGCAUGAUGCUUGGGGGCCGUGUGGCCGAGCAAGUCUUUUUUGGCCGGGUCACCACUGGAGCACAGGAUGACCUGAAAAAAAUCACUCAGUCAGCCUAUGCACAGAUUAUACAGUUUGGGAUGAGCGACAAGGUGGGCCAGAUGUCUUUUGACCUUCCGCAGCAGGGCGAGAUGCUAACAGAGAAACCCUACAGUGAGGCCACGGCACAGCUGAUUGAUGAAGAGGUUCGGGACCUCAUUAAUGCUGCGUUUGAGCGAACCCGCAGCCUAGUGCUGGACAAGAGAGACCUGGUGGACAAGGUAGGCAAGAGGCUUCUGGAGAAGGAGGUCUUGGAUAAGGCUGACAUGCUGGAGCUGCUAGGUCCAAGGCCCUUUGAGGAGAAGUCUACCUACGAGGAGUUUGUGGAGGGCACAGGCAGCUUUGACGAAGACACAAGCCUGCCCCUGGGCCUGCGGGACUGGAACAGGCAGCGGGAGGAGGCCCUACAGGAAGGCCAGGCUGUUUAGAGGACACGGUAGAAUGGGCAUAGGAGAGAGAACUUCUCUGGGCCACUUCAGUGCAUCAUGGGUCAGAGAUCCACUGUACUGCCUCCUUAUGUUCAAGACCUUGUGGCUUUCGAUUGUCUAUGCAAGAAUUUGGGAAUGCAGGAGCCAGGCCACAGUUCAUUACAAUGAUGGAUGACACUGGAUGAGCUGAAUGUUCUUCAAUGCCUUUGCUGGAGCAGCUGUCUGGGCAUUUUUAUGUUUGUUUUUAUGUUGAAUGCAGCAAGUCUGCAUCAUAUUUAAUGUAAGGUUUUGUGCCCACAUAAGGUCUGAGUAUAUUUAAAAUUAGAGAAUAUAGUGUUUUGUU